AUGGUAGGGGAUGGAGAGAGUGAUGCGAAGUUGAUGGAGAAACUGGAAGCGAAACUAAUGAAGCAGCUCGGAAAUGAGUUCCAGGAGUACAUUACUAAAUGGUCGCCCAGAAAAGUUCUAAACCAAUUAGAGAAAGAAGGUUGGCAAGUUGUAGCCAUGGCUGGAAUCGGUCAAACUUGUGCCUGGACUUUGUAUAAAGCGGAUCCGGUUCAAACAACAACAUUGGUAAAAGUGGCGGCAGGAGUUUUCGUGAUGGGAUCGACUGGACUUUAUCUAGCUCAAAAAUCCGUUCAAUGGAAAGUUCGAAAAUUGCCACACUACAACGAAAGCCUGAAGAUUGUUUUUGAGCACCCGAAAGCCCUUGAAGCCAUUGGCGCACCGAUUUCUGUUGGUAGUGUGGAACUUUCAGACCGUGUUCAUAAUUAUGUGGAUAAAACAACAAGCAGGGUUAGUAGUUUCAGUUUCUUCUCAUUUGACAACUAUGUAUAUUUCAGUUACGAAUUCCUGUGA